AGGCAAUUUCGAAGAAGCCAUUUGAUUUCUGCUGCUUAGCUCCCAAUCUCAAUCAAUUAUCCUCAGAUCCCUCCGUUUCUGUCUGCGUUUGCUUCAACCUAAACCCUAGCAGGUUCAUCGGACGGGAAGGGAGUAGAUCGCAUUUCCUUCGUCCAUUGCAAUCAGGCGAUCGAUCUAUCUCUCAGUCAGUCAGUCGUUCUGUUGUUGAUUGUUCGCCGUUCGAUGCAAUGGUAGUCUGCAAAUGCCGCAAGGCUACAAAACUAUACUGUUUCGUGCACAAGGAUCCUGUCUGUGGAGGAUGCAUCUGCUUUCCAGAGCAUCAAAUAUGUGUGGUUCGGACCUACUCAGAGUGGGUUAUAGAUGGAGAAUAUGACUGGCCUCCAACAUGCUGCUUCUGUCAAGCUGUGCUUGAAGAGGGAACAAGUCCACAAACUACUCGUCUGGGUUGCUUGCAUGUUAUGCAUACGAAUUGCUUGGUUUCACACAUCAAAAGCUUCCCUCCGCAUACUGCUCCUGCUGGAUAUAUUUGUCCUGCAUGUUCCGUACCGAUAUGGCCUCCCAAGAGCAUCAAAGAUUCAGGCUCACGACUACAUCAGCUGCUGAAGGAGGCUAUUUUGCAGACUGGCAUGGAGAAGAACCUGUUUGGCAAUUAUCCAGUUGCAAAUCCAGAGGCUCGUGGUCCUCCAGCGCACACUGCUGCAUCUGAUGGACUCGGAGAAUCUAGUACAAUAUCACUGCCUUCAGGCACAGGUGGUGUGGGAUCAUCUAAAUUCUCAGAGUCAGAGAUAGUGGAGAUAGAUGCCCCUGGAUCUGCAGGAAAUUUCAAUAAAAGCCCAAGUCCUCCUGGUGCUACAACUCGGAAGGGGCCACUUCAGGUUGAUCGGCAGUACUCAGAUAUAUCCUAUUAUGCUGAUGAUGAAGAUGCAAACCGCAAAAAGUACAAUCGAAGGGGUCCAGUUCACCACAAGUUUCUAAGGGCAUUGCUCCCUUUCUGGUCAAGUGCAUUACCUACUCUGCCAGUGACUGCACCCCCACGAAAGGAUUUAUCACAUCUGAGUGAUGUUCCUGAAGGCCGUCCGCGGAAUCACCGAUCGUCGAGGAUGGAUCCGCGAAAAAUAUUACUGCUUAUCGCAAUCAUGGCAUGCUUGGCAACGAUGGCCAUAUUGUAUUACAGAAUCGCGCAGCGGGGAUUUGGGGACGACCUGCCUGAUGAAGAGCAGCAGUCACUUCAAAAGUUAUAGAGGAAGGAAUUCAAAGAAGGUUCUUUCGUUUUUUUUUGGAAAAGCAGAACUUAAAGAAGGUUAGGCAUUUCAUUUUGUGCCCACAUACUGGUUUAUUUCUUUCUUCCUUUAUUGUUUGUUGGCUAAGCACCCAUAUGACAUGCUGAUGCUGUUACAAUCUGAUGAAGAUGUUCAAUCGGGAAGGCACCUUGCGGCAUAUGUCAUCGUUUAUUUCUUUCGUCUCUGACUGGUGAGGAGGUGGAAAGUCGAGGAGGUUGGACUUUGUAUUUGUAUAAUGUAAUGGAAUCCCGAAUCCGUUCGCAUUAUCGACCAUUUUUAAUUGUUGAUCUGAGUAAAGUUAAUGAGUUCAGUGGUGGCAUCC